AUGGCCCUCAUCUGCGGGCCAUGCGGAACAAACACAAGGCCCCCAGCCCCGGGCCAUGUGGAACAAACACACGGCCCCCAGCCCCAGGCCAUGCGGAACAAACACACAGCCCCCAGCCCCGGGCCAUGCGGAACAAACACAUGGCCCUCAUCCCCGGGCCAUGCGAAACAAACACAUGGCCCUCAUCCUCGGGCCAUGCGAAACAAACACAGCCCUCAUCCCCGGGCCAUGCAAAACAAACAUAUGGCCCUCAUCCGCGGGCCAUGCGGAACAAACACAAGGCCCCCAGCCCCGGGCCAUGUGGAACAAACACAAGGCCCCCAGCACCGGGCCAUGUGGAACAAACACACAGCCCCCAGCCCCGGGCCAUGCGGAACAAACACACAGCCCCCAGCCCCGGUUCAUGCGGAACAAACACACUGCCCCCAGCUCCAGGCCAUGCAGAACAAACACACAGCCCCCCAUCCCCAGGCCAUGCAGAACAAACACACAGAGCCCAGCCCCGGGUCAUGCGGAACAAACACACAGCCCCCAGCGCCAGGUCAUGCGGAACAAGCAGAUGGCUCCCAGCCUCGGGCCAUGCGGAACAAACACACAGCCCCCAGGCCAUCCGGAACAAACAAACCACCCCCAGCCCUAGGCCAUGCGGAACAAACACAUGGCUCCCAGCCCUGGGCCAUGCAGAACAAACACAAGGCUCCCAACCCCGGGCCAUGGGGAACAAACACACAGCCCCCAUCCGCGGGCCAUGCGGAACAAACACACAGCCCCCAGGCCAUGCGGAAUAAACAAACAGCCCCCAUCCCCAAGUCAUGCGGAACAAACACACCACCCACCAGCCCCGGGCCAUGCAGAAAAAACACACGGCCCCCAGCGCCAGGCCAUGCGGAACAAACACAAGGCCCCCAGCCCUGGGUCAUGCGGAACAAACACACAGCCCCCAGCCCCGGGCCAUGGGGAUCAAACACAAGGCCCCCAGCCCCGGGCCAUGCGGGACAAGCACACAGCCCCCAGCCCCGGGUCAUGGGGAACAAACACACCGCCCCCCGUGCCAGGCUAUGCGGAACAAACACACAGCCCCCAGCUCCGGGCCUUGCGGAACAAAUGGACGGCCCCCAUCCCAGGUGGAACAAACAUAACCAUGAAGCACAGCACCUUUCCUGA